GACUUACAGAGAAUGCCGAUCUAACUAUUACUGACAAGUCUUGCAAUUCUUAAGGUUAUCGUGAUUGAAGACCAGAAUGAUGUUACUUAGAUUAGGUCUAUUCCUAACUGUACUUUGUCUAUUUUCAAUCCCCUCCCAGUCAGCUGUUUCAAGCAUAGAUCUAGGCUCGGAAUGGCUCAAAGUGGCCGUUGUGAAUCUGAAACCGGGACAGAGCCCGAUUUCUAUCGCGAUUAACGAGAUGUCCAAGCGCAAAUCUCCGGCCUUGGUCGCAUUUCUCGGCACUCGCCUACUUGGCGAAGAAGCCGCCGGUAUAGUUGCUCGAUAUCCUGAUAAAGUCUAUUCGCAACAGCACCUGCUGGGGAAACCCUACAAACAUGUGAAGGAUUUGUCGAUUCAAUGUUACUAUGCAGCACUCGUGUAUUUCUCUGCUAUAAUGGCAAGGAGUAUGGGGACUGUUUCUAUAAACCAAUUUCAGGUUAAGGAUGUGAGAUGGGACUCAGGACUCGGAGGUCAGAAUAUGGAGUUGCGAUUAGUGGAAUACUUUGCAGAUCAGAUCAAUAAACAAGUUGGAAAUGGAGUUGAUGUGAGAAAGUCUCCCAAGGCAAUGGCUAAACUGAAAAAGCAGGUUAAGCGCACAAAAGAAAUUCUAAGCGCAAACACUGUGGCACCAAUAUCUGUUGAAUCGAUCUAUGAUGAUCGGGACUUUAGGAGCACUAUAACUCGUGAGACGUUUGAGGAACUUUGUGAAGAUUUAUGGGACAGAGCCCUUGCACCAGUAAAAGAAGUGCUUAAGCAUUCAGGUUUAAAAGUUGAUGAGAUAUAUGCAGUGGAACUCAUAGGUGGUGCUACCAGGGUACCGAAGUUGCAGAACAAACUCCAGGAAUUUGUUGGCAAGAAAGAACUUGACAAACAUCUGGAUGCAGAUGAAGCUAUUGUUCUUGGGGCAGCAUUACAUGCUGCAAAUUUAAGUGAUGGAAUCAAGUUGAACCGAAAGCUGGGAAUGAUUGAUGGUUCUUCCUAUGGUUUUGUGGUUGAACUUGAUGGGCCAGAUCUUGUGAAAGAUGAGAGCACCAGGCAGCUACUUGUACAACGGAUGAAAAAGCUCCCCAGUAAGAUGUUUAGAUCCAUUGUCUACAACAAAGAUUUUGAAGUCUCACUUACUUAUGAUAGUGAAGAUGUUCUACCCCCUGGCAUUGUGUCACCUGUGUUUGUGCAGUAUACGGUCUCCGGUUUGGCAGCUGCAAGUGAGAAGUAUUCAUCUCGCAAUUUGUCCUCCCCUAUCAAGGCAAAUCUUCAUUUCUCUCUAAGCAGAUCUGGAAUUCUUUCUUUGGAUCGAGCUGAUGCUGUUAUUGAAAUAUCAGAAUGGGUUGAAGUUCCCAGAAAGAAUUUGACUGCAGAAGCAACCACUACUUCCUCCAACAUAUCAGUUGAAGCUGGUGCUAAAAACACUUCAGAAGAAAGCAAGGAAAAAUCACCUUCAGAUGGUAUGGUUACUGAUGCAUCGAACUCCACUGUUGAAGAACCAAGUUUAGCGGAUCUUGGCAUGGACAAAAAACUGAAAAAACGGACAUUUAGGGUGCCUCUAAAGGUAGCAGAGAAAACAGUGGGACCUGGAACAACUCUUUCAAAAGAAUCUUUUGAGGAAGCGAAAAAUAAAUUAGAAGCACUGAACAAGAAGGAUGCUGAGCGCAAAAGAACUGCAGAGUUGAAAAAUAACCUUGAAGGAUAUAUAUAUGCUACCAAAGAGAAGCUUGAAACAAAUGAAGAGUUUGAAAAGAUAUCUACUAGUGAUGAACGCCAAUCCUUUAUCCAAAAGCUUGAUGAGGUACAAGAAUGGCUGUACACUGACGGUGAAGAUGCUAAUGCUACAGAGUUUCAGGAACGCUUAGACUCAUUAAAGGCUAUUGGAGAACCAAUAUUUUUCCGAUUUAAGGAACUUACUGCACGGCCAGAAGCGGUUGAAUAUGCUCGAAAAUACCUUGGUGAACUUCAACAGAUCAUACAGGGCUGGGAAACAAACAAGCCUUGGCUUCCGAAAGCUAGAAUAGAUGAGGUUUCAAAGGAGUUUGAAAAGUUCCGAAAGUGGAUGGAUGAGAAGGAGGCUGAGCAGAAAACUUCUGGAUUCAGCAAACCAGCAUUCACUUCUGAGGAAGUGUAUGAGAAGGUCUUCGAUUUGCAGGAUAAGGUUGCCAGCGUUAAUCGAAUUCCCAAGCCAAAGCCCAAGGUUGAGAAGCCCGCAACCAAUGAGACCGCAGACCUCGGGGAGAAAGAGAAAGAGAUAGAUUCCAACUCAGAUUCCAAGGAGAAAACUUUUGAGAAUGGCAGUCAGAAUGGUGAACCAGCAGAUAAUUCUGGUGAAGGAUUUGCUGGAGAACCGAAAGAAGAAGCAGAGGGUCACGAUGAGUUAUGAUCAGGCGUAGGUCCAACAGUAAAAUUAUACACAAUUUUCAGUUAGAAAGUAUGGAUAGGUAGCUAUAGUGAAGAUGCAUAUGGUGGCAAAUGGCAUACGAUACACCAAACCAAGACCCAGUUUGAAAAACGGCUGCUAAUGUAGGAUUUUGGUUUGAGAUGGUUAGCAUGAUUCGGCUUACGAUGAAGGUAAACUGUAAGUGUACUGAUAGCAUUUAUUGAAAUUUGAGAAUACCCUAAUUGGGAGUUUUGAUUUUCCUAGUACAUUAAACUGCCACGUGCAUACUUUUUCUCGCUUGGGGGAGGAGGGGGGUUUAGAAUAUGUAUCAUCUCGCACUGCAUAAUAAUAACCUUUGACCACUUAAUUUCAUAAA